GUCAUAGUCAUGUAACUAAAGCCUUUUUAUUUGAUAUUUGUGUUAUCUACAAUUUUAUUUGAAGUGCCAUUCACGUUAUUAUUAAGCAUAACCUUGUCAAGAGAUACAUUACCUUUUCUUUUCCUCCUGAGUCCUCCUGAAACCUUAUCAAAGCAGUGCUGCCUGAAGGAGCAUAGAUUCUUGAUCGUGUCUUCAAAUUAAGAGAAAGAGAGAAAAAUGUGUGGAAUAUUGGUGUUUGUACUCGGUCACUAAUGGCUUCUACAACUUUCUAUUUUUAUUUGAUGAUUGUGCUUUGUUUCAUGCCUCCUAUGCAAAGUAUAAGGGGCGUGUUAUUUUUGCGGUCUGUGGACUUCUCCCCCCCCCCCCCACCCACCCCCAAUGCAUGUCAGCACAUCAUAAUUAACUCAAUCAUUAAAUACUUACUGCUACAGAUACAGUAAAACCUAACUCAAAUUUAAUAAUUUAUAGAGAUACACCCAAAAGGCAUUAAAAUGAACUUAUUUUGACUGAUAGGACAGGCACGAGAACUCGAAAUAUUAUCGGAAGCUCUUAUUGAAGGAUUUGGCCUGUGAUGGAAAUGCUUAUUGUUGAACCACAACCACCAUAACGCUUGAUCAUGAUGGACCAUCUUAAUUAAUUUAAUCUCUCCUCUCUAAACAGGGUAGGAGUAGGCCGAAAAAGUAUUGGAGAGAGGUGAUUAGACAGGACAUGGCACAACUUUAUAUUACCGAGGAAUGACUUAAGAUAGGAAACAGUAGAGGUCGUGUAUUAGGGUAGAAGGUUAGUAGGAAUAGAGUGUUGUCUUGCCUUGCGAAGUUUUAGUGCCUGUCGUAGGAAUAAUCAUACCCUUGUAGUUCUUGCCAUAUGCUUUUUAUUGUAUUUCUAUUAUAACUCUAUUUUGUUGUUGUUAUUGAUUUUCUUUUCUUAUUGACCGCUAUGCUUUCUCCAUUGUUUUCUUCUUCUUUUACUUGGGUUUAAUGCACUUGAGCCGAGGGUCUUUCGGAAACAACCUCUCUACCUCCACGAGGUAGUGUUAAGAGUAUCAUCUCGGUCAGCUGAAGGCUAAGAUAGCAAAGCUGAGGACACAACUACUGGAGCCCCCUAAAGGUUCUAGUGGAGCUGGAGAGGGUUUUGAAGUCACAAAGUAUGGCCAUGGGCGUGUUGCACUAAUAGGAUUUCCAAGUGUUGGAAAGUCAACACUCCUAACGAUGCUGACAGGAACACAUUCUGAAGCUGCAUCAUAUGAGUUCACUACACUUACUUGCAUCCCUGGUAUUAUACACUACAAUGAUACCAAAAUUCAAUUGCUUGAUCUUCCGGGUAUCAUUGAAGGUGCAUCUGAAGGCAAGGGGCGUGGUAGGCAGGUCAUUGCUGUUUCCAAGUCAUCAGACAUUGUUUUGAUGGUUCUGGAUGCUUCAAAAAGUGAAGGCCAUCGACAAAUUUUAACAAGGGAGCUGGAAGCUGUGGGACUGCGAUUAAAUAAACGACCUCCUCAGAUAUACUUCAAGAAGAAAAAGACGGGGGGGAUUUCUUUCAACAGCACGCUGCAUCUGACACAUAUUGAUGAGAAGCUCUGCUAUCAAAUUCUUCAUGAAUACAAGAUUCACAAUGCUGAGGUUUUAUUUCGUGAAGAUGCUACCGUGGAUGACCUUAUUGAUGUUAUUGAGGGAAAUCGUAAAUACAUGAAGUGUAUAUAUGUCUACAACAAGAUAGAUGUUGUCGGUAUUGAUGAUCUGGACAGAUUAGCCCGACAGCCAAACUCCAUUGUCAUUAGUUGCAACUUGAAGCUGAAUCUGGACAGACUACUUGCGAAAAUGUGGGAAGCAAUGGGUCUUGUCAGAGUUUAUACAAAGCCUCAAGGCCAGCAACCAGAUUUCGCAGAGCCAGUGGUUCUCUCUGCUGAUAGAGGUGGCUGUACUGUAGAAGAUUUCUGUAAUCACAUACAUAGGAGCCUUGUUAAGGAUGUGAAGUAUGUCUUGGUAUGGGGCACGAGUUCAAGGCACUACCCUCAGCAUUGUGGUCUCAGUCAUCUGCUCCAGGAUGAAGACGUGGUUCAGAUUGUCAAGAAAAAGGAGAAGGAUGAUGGUGGAGGCAGAGGCCGAUUCAAAUCACAUUCUAAUGCUCCUGUUCGGAUAUCUGACAGAGAGAAGAAGGCUCCACUGAAGACAUAGUUUAAUCAUUCAGUGAAGCUUUUAUGUAUGUGCUAGUUGUUGGGGCAUCAAUUUUUGAUCGUGGAGUAUAUUGCAGGAAAGUAAUGAGCUAUGCUAGAGGUUUCUUCAUUAUGGUGUGAAGCUACUCAUUAUUAUGAUGUCAACACUUUGCAGUGUAUAAAAAAUAUGGACAUAUGCCUUCCCUUGGAAGGUAGGGGUAAGGUCUGCGAACACCCAACACUAUCCAGACUCUACUCGUGGGAUUGCAUUGAGUGUGCUGUUGUCGUUGUUGUUGCCUUACUUCUGAAGGCAAGAUGUGCUGCUUAGAGUUUCCAUCCGUUAGUGGAACUUUAGAUGUCACCUUCCAACAGGCAGCACAUCUUUGUGAUAACUUAUAUGGUUCAAAUGGUAAGAGGGCUAGAGGCCUGAGGGAAGAUACCAAAAAUGUUUCUUUUCUUUCUGUAGUGUGUUUCGAAUAAAAAAUCACAUUAAACUUUAGGGUUAACUAUACUAAGUGGCUACUAGGCAAUACAUAAGACAAAUGUUUGCACUACUUUGUACAAAUGCUGAAUUUAUCAUUUAUGUAUUCUCUUUUGGGUGCCAAAUGCUGAAUUUCUUAGGUGGCUUAAAGCACAAAGUCCAGGUAAUUGAGACAUACUUUUAGGCAACAAUCUUCUAUGAUUAA